AAACCAAAAAAAACAUGGGUUUUUUUUUAAACAUUGUUUUUUUUUUCAAACCCUGGUUACUAACCUUCAGAGAAUAAGGCGAUCUGCCACUUGUCAAACCAAUAUCCAGCGGCGAUUUGCAAGGAAAUGAGGCUUCAAGGGGCGAUACAGAUCAUACGAACACGAACCUUUAGUGACAUGAAUAAGCACGCAUUUCAAUGUGAUGAUCCAGGCGUCUCUAUGAUGCAGUGGUUAAACUGCUGAACUACGAAUCUGCGGGUCUGGGCUCGAAUUCCGGCCUGAACGGUCGGCACGUAGCUCACCCAGCUUUCCAUCCUUCCUCUCGGGAUGGGAUGGUCGUUAAAUGGGUACCUGGGGAAACCUGGGGACGGUAAACUGUGGUGAUCCGAUUGUUGCACUGUAUGGCUCUAUGUUCCCGGUGGGUUCUUACUAACCACAGCAUCAAGGGCCAAUGAUACGAAGAUGAGCACCGUGGCCACGCGCAGCUAACAGCGUAUGCCCACAACUUUACCUUUACCUUUCGGCUCAUAGGUAACCUCUCGCGGCCUACACCAGGCAAAGAAGUCCAAUUAUUCCAGUCGAAAAGAUGUUUCUUUAGGCUUAUGGCUUUACAGUAUGUGAAAUGUUCUAACCUUCAACCUCUCUGCCUGGUGUAGGCCGCGAGAGGCAAGGAGUUGGAAGGUGAAGGCCAAGAUGGGACCAUACGCUAUUAGCUGCGCGUGGCCGCGGGGCUCAUCUCCUUACCAUUGUUGGCCCUUGAGCCUGAGCUCAUGAACCCUAGACACAGAGCCAGUGCAAUAUCCGGGUUAUCACAGUUUCCCAAAGAACCCAUUUAUCGACCAUCCCGAAUGGAAAGACGAACCGUUGGGUGGGUUGCGCGCCGACUACCCAGGUCAGGAUUCAAUCCCAGGCUCGCAGAUUGGUAGUGAGGCACAGUAACCACUGCACCACGGACCAGCAGAAGCUUCAGAAGGGUAACGCUGAAACGUCACCACCGCGCCAUGCGUUACCACAUCACUCCCACGUUAGUCUGUGUCGCACAUCCUGCCGCGAUACAACACGGGGCUCUGUAAACUUCCACCCACGGCUCGAGUUUACGUGACGGAGACGAGAAAUGAGGCCACGCGAAGCUCUCUCCCAUCAUUUAUGUGGUCAAUAACUUUGGGGGAGAACUCUAUACACGCAACAUGACGUUCUCCACAGCGGUCGUGACAAAAUACAAGGGGCUGACAGCAGUGGCGGUGACGGCGGCGCUCCUGAUGUUGCUAGCUUAUGCACUAUCACACACGUCGUCCUCCGUCUUCAAGGAUUCAGCACCACGUGUCCUCGGGGAUGCCUCACGCUGCCACAUUCCGGGACUAGCGAGCAUCGAGCAGUACCAGGAAUACCUGCACCACAAAGAGACAAUCUGCACCCGCCUGCACCCUUUCGGAGGGAAGCCGCCGGCGCCGGAAGCUGGAAUGAAGAUGGUUUGUCUGGACAGCAGGUUCAACAUCAAACCCGGAGACUGUGUUGUCUUCUCCUUCGGCGUCGGCAACGAGUGGUCCUUCGAGGAUGAGUUCGAUAACUUCGGAUGUAAAGUGUACGCCUACGACCCCACCAUGGGCAAGGAGGACCACCAACGAUCCCCCAACGUCAGGUUCUUCGCCACGGGAAUCGCCAACUACAAGGGCACCAAGAAGGUCGGGAUGGGCAAAAAAUGGAUGAUGCGACCGGUGGACCGCUUCGAGAACUUGGUGCGGAUGGUGGGCGAGGAGGGGCGCGAGAUCGACUUUGUGAAGCUGGACGUGGAGCUUUCCGAGAUCGACUUCCUGCAGGACAUGUUGUUCAACUCGCCGCACGUCCUCGCCAAGAUCAAGCAGCUCGCGAUUGAGAUCCACGACGGGCCGUUUAAGGGUGACUUCAGCCAGACGAGCACGCACCAGGUGUUCUGGCCGUACUUCAUGUUCCUGCGGUGCGCGGGCUUCCGGGUGAUCCACACCAGGGAGACGUGGGGCUGGCGGGAGGUGGUGUGGGCGAGGUCAUACUAAGGGGCUGAAGUAGACACUCGGUAGAUGAGUUUUGUCAAUGGGCUUUUUUUUCUUUUUGUAGGGUUCCCAAGUAUCAACAGGGAUUCACAACAUGGCUUCCGUAACAAAAGAGCCUGCCUAUCAAACCUAUUGACCUUUUAUAAUGACCUCUUCUCAGUUUAUGACGUAACCAAAUCAUUGGACAUAGUCUAUCUUGAUUUCCAGAAAGCGUUUGAUAAAGUCCACAUCAUAAAUUACUUUAUAAAUUAAAGCAAAUAGGUAUUAACGGUCAAGUAAACCAAUAGAUCACGAAUUGGUUGAGCAACAGACAACAAAGAGCGGUGAUUGACGGAUUUAACUCAGAGUGGGCGCCGGUCAUUAGUGGCGUCCCUCAGGGCUCGGUUCUUGGCCCAGUGCUCUUCAUUAUUUACAUCAACGAUGUGGAUGUUGGACUCAAUAAUCGCAUUAGUAAAUUUGCAGACGACACAAAGAUUGGUAACUCGGUUCUCACUGACGAAGACAGGCAAACCCUCCAAGAGAAUUUGCACAAAAUUUCAGCUUGGUCGGAUAGAUGGGAGAUGCCCUUUAACGUAGACAAGUGCCAGGUUCUUCAAGUUGAAACAAGAAAUAAGAAGUUCGAUUACGAAAUGCGCGGCGUUAAACUCAAAAGCGUUCAAUGCGUUAAGGACCUGGGGGUCAAAAUCGCGUCAAACCUCAAAUUCUCACAGCAAUGCAUCGAUGCAGCAAAUAAAGCGAACAGAAUGUUGGGCUUCAUUAAAAGAAACUUUUUAUUCAAGAAUAAAGAUGUAAUACUUCCGCUCUACAAUAGUUUAGUCAGACCCCACUUGGAAUAUGCGGUACAGUUUUGGUCUCCCCACCAUGCAAAGGACAUUGCUAAACUAGAAGGUGUUCAGCGUCGGGCAACAAAAAUGAUCCCUUCCUUGCGCAACAAAUCCUACGAAGAAACUUUUUAACAUGUUCUCUCUUGAGAAACGUCGCCUCCGAGGAAAACUGAUCGAAUGUUUUAAAAUACUUAAUGGUUUCACGAAUGUAGACAGAUCAACAUUGUUUAUGAUUGAUGACACUUUGCGAACGAGGAACAAUGGCAUAAAACUCAAAUGUAGACAAGUAAAUUCAGACUGCACCAAAUUUUUCUUCACCAACGUUGUAGUGCGAGAAUUGAAUAAGCUCCCACCUUCAGUGG